AAUUUGGGUAAAUUCAUAACCUCGCAAUUUGAAAUUUUUUUUAAAUACUUUAUAAAAAUAUUAAGCUUAAAAAUGUCCGAAGAAGACUUCUCGGACUUCAAGCUGCCACCGAUCUUAGAUGAUUUAAGUGAAAGAGUGAAGGAGUACCUUUUGAAGCCUGAGAGACUAUCCAUCCACCGCUGGGAAAGGUCACAGACGCACUGGCACCGGGAAACUGAUGUGGACUCUCUUUUCAAAAUUGAUGAUGAUGAUGUUAAGCCUGAUUCAACUCUUGAAGUUGUCCGUGACCCUAUAACUGGAGAAAUAAUAGGCAUAGAAGAGAUAAAUGUACCGCAAGAAGAUGAUGAAGAUAGUUUGUCCAUGUCCCGUGCGCCACUGCCACCGAGCAUGGCCACUAGAGGAACAACUACACAAAGUCCAUUUUUACCAGCUGGGUUUGAAGAGGAACUAAAGAAAAUGUUGGAGGAGACUGGUCAGCAUGCAGAAAUCAAUAUUAAUUUAGAAGCUAAAGAGGUUGGGAAAUUUUUGGGAGAAGAAAUAUUAACCAUACCUCCUGGGUGCAAAGAAGGUGUAACAUUUGACACAGAUAGCAUGACAGUACUGAACCAUCCCUAUCAGGAAGAAACCAAGAAGAUUGAGAGUAAAGAAGACAUCGACAUUCAGAUCAAAAUUAACCUGGAGGAAGUAGUUGAUAGCAAUGCUCAUUUAGUUGGUCUCUGGAACGACGACGAUGACCUCAAACCCACGCUAAAGCACACUCCCAAGAAAAUAGACCCAGAUUCAGAUACAGGCAAUGACAAUUUCCUUGAAGACACAAUCAACAGGCCUCCAGUGGAACUUCCAGAAAUACCUAUAUUAAAUAUCACCAGCUCGGCAGUGAGGGCUGGAGUAACAUCAACGGAGUGGGCAGAAAUGAUCGAUGUGUCACAGCCUGUGCCAGAUUUUAGAGAGAAAAUUAAGGAUAUGGCUCACUCAUUUCCGUUUGAGUUGGAUAAUUUUCAGAAACAGGCUAUUCUAAAACUGGAAGAAGGUCACCAUGUGUUCGUUGCAGCACAUACGUCGGCCGGCAAAACUGUAGUAGCAGAAUACGCCAUUGGUAUGUCGAGGAGAAAUUGUACCAGAGCAAUCUACACGUCUCCCAUUAAAGCGUUAUCGAAUCAAAAAUAUAACGACUUCAACAAGACGUUUGGCGAAGUGGGUCUCCUCACUGGUGACUUACAAAUCAACUCCACGGCGUCGUGUCUUGUGAUGACGACUGAGAUCUUAAGAUCCAUGCUUUACUGUGGCUCUGACGUCACCAGGGACUUAGAAUUUGUUAUAUUCGAUGAAGUACAUUAUAUCAAUAAUGCUGAGCGAGGCUACGUAUGGGAAGAAGUACUAAUUCUCUUGCCAGCACACGUGAGCAUCGUGAUGUUAAGUGCAACUGUACCGAACACAUUGCAGUUCGCCGACUGGGUCGGACGCACCAAAAAGCGAAAGGUUUACGUUGUUUCGACGCCGAAGAGGCCUGUACCUCUUUGCCACUAUCUUUAUACUGGAUCUGGUGGAAAAUCAAAGAACGAAAGGUUCAUGGUAGUAGACCAAGAGGGCAAUUUUCUCCUAAGAGGGUACAACGAGGCUAAAGACGCCAAGAAAGCUAGAGAGGAUAAAAACGAGUAUAAAAAAAACUUUGGACCUAAAGGUGGCAACAAGCAGUUCAACAACCCGAAGGCCGAGCAGACGAUGUGGGUGGCGUUCAUAGACCACCUGCGCCUGCACGAUAAACUGCCUGUCGUCGCGUUCACGCUCUCCCGGAACAGAUGCGACCAAAACGCCGAAAACUUAAUGUCAGUGGAUUUGACCACUGCUAAAGAGAAGAGUCACAUCAAAUCCUUCUUCCAAAGAUGUCUGCAGCGCCUGAAGGAGCCCGAUAGGAAAUUGCCUCAGGUUGUAAGAUUGCGGAGAGUAUUGGAAAACGGUAUCGGAGUCCACCACAGCGGAAUCUUACCGCUUCUUAAGGAAAUAGUUGAAAUGCUUUUCCAGACUGGAUUUGUAAAAAUCUUAUUUGCAACGGAAACUUUUGCAAUGGGUGUAAACAUGCCAGCGCGAACAGUAGUUUUCGACGAGGUCACCAAAUAUGACGGACUGCAGCGCAGGACACUUGCUCCGGCGGAAUACAUUCAAAUGGCGGGCCGAGCUGGCAGAAGAGGUCUGGACGACACGGGCACUGUGAUAAUCCUGUGCAAGGACGGUGUACCGGACUUAGUAACAUUGAAGGGCAUGAUGAUGGGUAUCCCACAAAAACUGUCUUCGCAGUUCCGCCUCACUUACGCCAUGAUACUUAGCUUAUUGCGAGUAGCAACAGUGUCAGUAGAAGGAAUGAUGCAACGCUCCUUCCGCGAAUUUAAUCAAAUAAUCCAAGCGGACAAUUAUCGCAAACAGCUGCAGCUGGCUGAAAAAGAAUACACAGAGAAAUGUAGUACACCGCUUACUGCCCACUUGGCACCAUUAGCAAAGUUCUAUGACACGGCAGCGGCGUAUAUCGAUGUAUUGAAUGAUAUAAUGCCGAUUCUUCUCAGUCAACCUAAAGUGGUGAAGGAAUUUGUGCCCGGAAAGAUACUUGUCCUGUCCGCAGGGCCGUAUAUUAAUCAGUUGGGCAUUUUUUUGAAUAGUAGUGGACCCCGCCAAACUCCAUACAAAGUGUUGUUGCUAAACACAGCAGUGCAAGACACGACGCGGUACAACUUCGACAUUGACGACAACUGGUACAGAAUGCUCAGCUUUUCUGCACUUUACGAUUGCAUCGGUACUGAGGAGAGCACGUUAGAUCACACGAUUUUAUGCAUCGCACAGAAGAACGUGAUCGCUGUAACCAAAACCACUCUCAAGAUCGAUGAUAAAGCUAUCAUUCAGGAUUGGGAGAGGAGGCAAAUACCACGAUUCAAAGACUCCCCGGUAUCAGCACACUGUGCAAGCACAGUGCAAGAGCUGUCUCGAUUGUCGCACGCGGUAAGGACCGGGGCGACGACCCUGGAAUAUGUCAGUUUGACGCAGUCGCUCGCCGUCUCCACGGGGGAGAUACUGCAGUCACUGGACAACAUGACUUUUCUUAAGAGUGAACUAGAAACCCAAAAAAAAAGCACCGACAUAGCUAACUUCAAAUCGGAAUUCGCAAUCGUCUACGAACGGAAGCAAGCUGAGCGUAAACGCGACAAAUAUAAACGUCUGCUCUCAUACGAAAAUUUAGCUCUCUACCCAGACUACCAAAGAAGGCUUAUGGUCCUUCGAGAAUUAAACUACAUCGAUGAACAUGACAGCGUGAUCUUAAAAGGAAGAGUUGCAUGUGGAAUGGGGACUAAUGAGCUAAUAAUAUCUGAAUUAGUAUUCAGGAAUGUGUUCACGGAUAAGAAUCCAGCAGAAAUUGCAGCGUUGCUCAGUUGUUUCGUGUUCCAAGCGAGAACGCAGGUGGAACAGCAGUUGACUGAGAAGUUGGCCGAGGGUGUGAAAGCUAUUGAACAGAUUGAUGCUGAGCUGUCGAACAUUGAAUCGAAAUAUUUGGUAGGCCAAUUCGAAGGGCAACAAGAAAGGCUGAACUUCGGUUUGGUGCGUGUCGUGUACGAAUGGGCGCUGGAGAAACCCUUCGCUGAAAUCAUGGACCUCACCGAUGUGCAGGAGGGUAUCAUAGUGCGGUGCAUACAACAGUUGCAUGAACUGCUAAUCGACGUAAAAGACGCAGCCGUAGCGAUCGGAGACCCAAAGCUGCAAGCUAAAAUGAUGGAAGCCUCUACGGCCAUUAAACGAGACAUCGUAUUCGCUGCCAGCCUUUACACCACGCAAAGAGAGACCGUCAUUCUUUGAUGGUCGCUCUAUAAAAUAAAAAGAUGUAUUUUUAUUAUAACUUAUAACAGAGUUUUGCCAUGCUGUGGAAUUUUAGAGAACCAGUUUAUUCUACUAGCAUCACAAUCAGUCAAUAUUGUUAAGUGGCGCCAUCGAGUAAUCGAGUAUAUAACCAGAAAUAGAGACGAAAUGUCAUUUAUUUUGUUAGAAAACUAUUCUGCCAAAUGACAACUGGUGACGACAGCGCUCCGAUUGGCCACCCUGAAUUCGAAAUAUACAUUAGAGUUGGGCAAAGCAAACAUCAUAUUAUCGGAAUCGAUAGUCAAAAUAAUAUAUCAUCGCCUUACUUUCUCAAACUCGUACCUUAUAAAGAGUGAUUAUUCAGGAGAUGCCAAAACAUA